AUGGAGACAGACUUGAUCUACAAGUGCGGUGGUAUUGACUCUCGUACCAUCGAGAAGUUCGAGAAGGAAGCCGCCGAACUCGGCAAGGGUUCCUUCAAGUACGCAUGGGUCCUUGACAAGUUGAAGGCCGAGCGUGAGCGUGGUAUCACCAUCGAUAUCGCUCUCUGGAAGUUCGAGACGCCCAAGUACUAUGUCACCGUUAUCGAUGCCCCCGGUCACCGUGAUUUCAUCAAGAACAUGAUCACUGGUACCUCGCAGGCUGACUGCGCCAUUCUCAUCAUUGCCGCCGGUACUGGUGAGUUCGAGGCUGGUAUCUCCAAGGAUGGCCAGACCCGUGAGCACGCUCUGCUCGCCUACACCCUCGGUGUCAAGCAGCUCAUCGUUGCCAUCAACAAGAUGGACACCACCAAGUGGUCUGAGGAGCGUUUCCAGGAGAUCAUCAAGGAGACCUCUUCCUUCAUCAAGAAGGUCGGCUACAACCCCAAGCACGUUCCCUUCGUGCCCAUCUCCGGCUUCAACGGUGACAACAUGAUUGACGCCUCCCCCAACUGCCCCUGGUACAAGGGCUGGGAGAAGGAGACCAAGGCCAAGCACACUGGCAAGACCCUCCUCGAGGCCAUUGACGCCAUCGACACCCCCGUCCGUCCCUCCGACAAGCCCCUCCGUCUUCCCCUCCAGGAUGUUUACAAGAUCGGUGGUAUUGGCACGGUCCCUGUCGGUCGUGUUGAGACCGGUGUCAUCAAGCCCGGUAUGGUCGUCACCUUCGCCCCUGCUGGUGUGACCACUGAGGUCAAGUCCGUCGAGAUGCACCACGAACAGCUUACCGAGGGUGUCCCUGGUGACAACGUCGGCUUCAACGUCAAGAACGUCUCCGUCAAGGAGAUCCGUCGUGGUAACGUUGCCGGUGACUCCAAGAACGACCCCCCCAAGGGUGCCGAGUCCUUCAACGCCCAGGUCAUUGUCCUCAACCACCCCGGACAGGUCGGUGCUGGUUACGCACCCGUCCUUGACUGCCACACUGCCCACAUUGCUUGCAAGUUCGCCGAGCUCCUCGAGAAGAUUGACCGCCGUACCGGAAAGUCUGUCGAGUCCAGCCCCAAGUUCGUCAAGUCUGGUGAUGCCGCUAUCGUCAAGAUGAUUCCCUCCAAGCCUAUGUGCGUUGAGGCUUUCACCGAGUACCCCCCUCUUGGUCGUUUCGCCGUCCGUGACAUGCGUCAGACCGUCGCUGUCGGUGUCAUCAAGUCCGUCGUCAAGGCUGACAAGGGUGCCGGCAAGGUCACCAAGGCCGCCCAGAAGGCCUCCAAGAAAUAA